AUGGGCUGCUUCUCCAGCCGCGUCGAGGCCCCGACCGAGGAGCUGCCCGGCCCUCCCGCCGUCGAACUCGACGCCCCGACGCCCGCCGACACCGCCGCGCCGACGCAGCCGGCCGCCGCCCUCCCCUCCGCCACCGAUCUCGGCGUGAGCGAGGAGAAGCUGGAGCUGUGGCGCAAGAAGGGCGGCGGCGACCUCGAGCCGGUCCUCGCGAGCGGCGCCGUCGCCCUCCUCGACGCGCAGUGGAUCAUCAGCCACGCCGAGGCGGGGGGCGUCCUCGCCCACCGCCAGGCGCUGCCCAAAGAGGCCUUCCUCUCCCUCGCCGACCUUGUCGAGGCGACCGGCAAGGCGGGCUGGCUUCCCGUCGCCGCGCUCUCCUACCCGUGGCUGACCAAGGACCACCCCGACCCGCGCGGAGCCAACCUCGCCCGCGUCGCGAGGGCGCUCAAGGCCCUGCUCAGCCGUCCCGACCUCAUCCCGCGGCUCGGCGUCUUCUGGGACUUCGGCUCGCUGCACCAGCACCCCGACCCCCCCAACGGCGUCCUGCGCACCGAGGAGCAGAACGCGCUCUUCAAGGAGGGACUGGGCUGCCUCGGCACGCUCUACUCCCACAAGUACACACGCGUGCUGCGGCUGACCUCCUUCCCGGACGGCCACAAGGCGGAGGACCCGGCCGAGGGCACCAACGUGGCCAAGUACUUUGACCGCGGCUGGUGCUUCACGGAGCAGAGCUGGGCUGGCCUGACAAAGGCUGGCUUCCUCUCGCUCGACCUCGGCAAGAUGCGCGCCGGCACGGAGUACGACUGCUACAGCCUCGCCAUCGACUGCACCCAGGACGGCGGCCGGCGCCCUCCGCUGCUGCCGUCUGCCUUCGCGGCGGAGCUGGAGUCGAAGAGCUUCACCAACGGCAAGGACGACAAGCCGCUGGUGAAGCGGCUGUACGAGGCCGCCUUCAAGGAGCAGUUUGGCAAGGCGACCAAGCUGGUCUACUACAACCUCGGCUGGGGCGACGCGGAGGCGGCGCAGCUGGCGGAGGCGCUCUUCGUGGACAACAAGAAGCAGCCUGAGCUGGCCCCGACCGAGGAGCUGCCCGGCCCUCCCGCCGCCGAACGCGACGCCCCGACGCCCGCCGACACCGCCGCGCCGACGCAGCCGGCCGCCGCCCUCCCCUCCGCCACCGAUCUCGGCGUGAGCGAGGAGAAGCUGGCGGAGUGGCGCAAGCGCGGUGGUGGCGACCUCGAGCCGGUCCUCGCGAGCGGCGCCGUCGACUAG